UCAGCCCAGCAACAGGUAAGAAAGAUUGAGAUUUUUGUGAACAUGAAUCUAAGCCCUUCUGACGAGAGCGGACACAACUCCACUGAAGGUUGCCUCGAGGAUGACAAACACAAUGUCACACUGCCCUGCGUACGCAGAAACAUCUACGAUGAACCACUUGCUUCCUACUCCAACGGAUCCAUCAUAUCCCAACUUCUCCGUAAAACCAUCCACAGCAAAAGGGUACUAGAUGAAAGCCAUUUCUACCUUUCAAACUCUACUGCUACUGACUCCGGACAGGAGGACCGCAGUAGUGUGUCUUCAAAGGAUAGCACAGCAGAAGGAUCUUCCCUAAAUGGCCACAUUUCUACCAGGUGCAGCCCAGAUGGAGAACAUCCUAUGUCAGACCACCUGCAAGCAAAGAGAGCCAGGGUGGAGAACAUAAUCAGGGUGAUGGCUGGGUCUCCAAGCAACAGGCCGCAUGGGGACAAUGAGAGACUCGAAAAUGAUGGCCGGGACACCAGAGAGUGCAGAGAGGCAUAUCGGGAGAACAAACGUAAACAAAGGCUCCCUCAGCAUCAGGAACACAGCAUUGGAGGGCCGGCAAGUAGAAAACCUAAAAGUGACCACCAUGAUACAAACAACAAAGAUGAGGAGUGCCAAAAACUAAAAGAGCAACUCCACAGCAUGCAAAGGCUUCUACGUCAACUCCAGGAAAAAUUUCUUCAAGUGUAUAACCGGGAGGAUGCUGAUCAUGAUAACAGGGAAAGGGCAGCUGUAACAAUCGAGUGCGACAGCCGAGUGAUUACAGAGUGUGAUGACAGAAUCAAAGUAGUUGGUAACUUUGCACACCAUAGGGAGAAUCAGAACCUUCGGGAAAUCUUGAAGCAAGAGCUCUCUAAAGCUGUGAAUGAGUGCGUGGACAGGGUGUUUACAAAGGUGUCCUCAUCAGGGCCGCAUCUGUCCGCUCAACAGCGAAUGUGCCUGUCGCCAGAUAUGCAGAUCAGCUCAGGUACUGGCAGAAAGAACCAAUCAGACAGCUCCACACAUGAGCAGCUACAAACCGAAGAAGGUGCAGUCAAGUCCCACUCUUUGGAGUAUUACGAAAACUCUGAAAUGCACCAAGACCAGACCGAGGCCCUGUCACUGGUUAUUCGCAAACCUGUUGCGUCACCUCUGAGCUCAGUCACCCCAACAGUGAAGAGGCCCUAUCCUGUGCACCAGACGCCAUUCCAGUUCAACUACAGCACCCCUAUGCAUGAUAGUCAGAUUUUGGAGCACCUUCUCAAGUAUGGGCCGCAUUCUAACUACGCAGGUCUCCACUGCAUGUCCCAUUCAAUGGACAGAUCCUCUCCAGACCCUGUGGACCUACCGUGGGACACCAUCGCAUUAAGAGGCAAGGUAACACCAGGCCACCUCAGCCACCACGCUUGUCCCUCUGGCCUGGGCGCAGUGACCGUUGACAAUCUAUGCCUUCCUCAUGUGAAACUGGAGUGUGGCGAUCUGCAGAGUAUGGCUGACCGUCACUCCUACAUGUCUCUCAACAUCCAGGAGGGCCUCACCCCGAGUCACCUGAAGAAGGCCAAAUUGAUGUUCUUCUACACCCGCUACCCCAGCUCCAAUGUCCUGAAGACAUUCUUCCCUGAUGUCAAGUUCAACCGCUGCAUCACUUCUCAGCUGAUCAAGUGGUUCAGUAACUUCAGGGAGUUCUACUACAUCCAGAUGGAGAAGUUUUCCCGCCAAGCCAUUGUAGACGGCAUCACCGAGGCCAAAGACAUCACAGUUAGCCGAGACUCCGAGCUGUUCCGUGCGCUCAACAUGCACUACAAUAAGGCCAACGACUUUCAUGUUCCGGACAAAUUCCUGGAGGUCGCUGAGAUUACUUUGCAUGAAUUUUACAAAGCCAUUUCUGCGGCCAAAGAUUCCGACCCCUCAUGGAAAAAGGCCAUCUACAAGGUGAUUUGUAAACUGGACUGUGACGUUCCAGAUGAGUUCAAGACGUCUACCUAUUUGUAGAACAAGGUGGACAAAAAAGGGGUUAGGAAUUUGGUGACAUUGGAAGUUAGCCACUGGAGUAUUAUCAUUUCUUGUGGUGCUUUUUAGUGAAGUGAAAUGUAGCUGUUGUUGGAUGACUACAGUAGGUAGCUUGUUAAUAUUCUUGUAGAGGAUUAUUAUUUGGUUGUGUAGUUUUUACUUGUACUUGUAUAAUAAGUACAGCCUCGGUACUAUUAGAAAAUUCAUGUGUGCCAAAUGUUUACAGAGAUGUAAUUCUACUUUUUUAGUAUUAUCAACCAAGGAUGGGCAUUGGAGUACCGUACAUGAGGAAAAUUAACAAUCCAUUCACAUCUAGUCUCAUUGAUUCAUGUUCUGUUUUUUUAUUCAAAUAAUACAAUAAAUAACUUGAUUGACCUCAAAUUAUUUUUUUAGCGCCACUAAAAAGAAAAGCAAAAGUUCACAAUAAAAAGGUUAGCAUAGCACAGCAGGCAUAUUGUACGUCAAGGGUUUCAAACUCGUGGCCCAUAUUUUGUGGCCCUCCUACUUAACAUCAUAGUUUAAUGUAAUUGCGGCCCAUUGGCUAAUAGUUAAGUAUACUAUAACAACAAACAAACAUCAGGCAAUACAAGGAGCAACUUCCUGCAAGCAAGCAGUAUGUUUCUGACCAUCUCCUCGGAAACUUAACUGUUUUAAAAUAUACAGUAUCAUUUAUACAUUUAUAAUGACUUAAGGUCUACUAUAGAUCAGGGUCACCACUUUAACUGCUGGUAGUUAACACAUUUAGUCACACGGUUAAACAGGAUUUUAAAGUGUCUAUACCCAGCGACCCCGACGUAAAUUAAGUUUAAGACCCCUGCUGUAUGUCGACCUACAAAUGUAUUAUAUCGCCACCUGCUUAGCCACUAGUUUUUAUGACAAUGAUAACAGUAAUAGAUUUAUAUAGCACAUAUUUUUCAGAAACCUAAAGUGCUUAACAUCGAAAACCCAUCAUUCAUUUAUUCCAGAUUCACACAUUGGUGUAGUGUGGUGGUAGACUGACUUAAACGCGACUACCAAUCUGUGCCGACAUUCAUACACCAGGAAGUAAGGUGCGUGAAGUGUCUUGCCCAAGGACACAAAAAAUAGGAAGGCACAUUUCAUUUAUUCAUUAAUAUUUGAAAUAAGAGAUAUACUGUAUAGUGAGCAGAAAAAAAAACAUUUAAAAAAUGUUGCCAUCGUACGGUACAUUUUCUGGUUAUUAUUUGUGGGAAAAUGACUUUUUUGUUAUCUUUUUUAUGUUUUUGAUAGAUAUUUAGGUUUUCUCAUGUUAUUGACUUCCACUUAAGUGGCCUGCAGUGGAAAAGAGUACAAUUUAGACAACCAGGUGAACUGGAGUCUGUCCCAGCUGACUUUGAUUAAGAAGCGAGGUAGACCUUACUGUAGGUGUGUCACCUGUCAAAAACAGGACUCAUUUAAUAAUUUAAAAUGCAAACUAUUUGAGACUAAUUCAACAGCGCCUCUGCUGGUUACAGCCAAGUAGCGCUUCUCAUUUCACCUCAAUUGAAUGGGAUUCAUCCAUCCAUGGGAUUAUUCACCAAAAAUAAUUUCCUCACAAUGAUUAUUAUCACACCAAUCCCUUGACUUAAAUGGUUGCAUUGAGUUUUUUUCACUGUUUUCCAUUGAUGUGUGUUGUGAAAAAAGCUGCACUUACACUGUAUGUGUCUUCAGUAUUCUGUGAUUAUGCUGUAACUAUUUGCUUGAUAUAAAGUGCAUGUGGAAAUAAUACAAGUGACUUAACUGUAAAGCAUUUGGUGAUAAUGUUAGGUACAAUCAUUUCCAGAUCAUUUUAGUUGUGGACAUUGUAAUGGAUGACGAUGUAAUUAAAGAUGCUCUA